UUGUCAAGCUCUGAUUGGUUUACAUCAGCAUUAAUGUUUGAAAGUGCCUGUCUUCGAGCUUUACAUCCUCUCGCUCUCGGUUAUGUCCACAUAGACACAAACAUGGGAUUAAUUCACGCUCUCCGCGGCUUCAUCAAAUCGUUUUUGGUCGUUCUUUUGUGGUCCAAAUGCCAGGGUCGGGAGUCCGAGUUCAACUAUGUAACUUGCGGUUCACUUGUGAAAUUGCUGAACACGAGACACAACGUUCGGCUGCACUCCCAUGAUGUGAAAUACGGCUCAGGCAGUGGGCAGCAGUCUGUGACGGGCGUCGAGAGUGCAGAUGAUGCCAACAGUUACUGGAGGAUUCGGGGGAAGCCCAACAGGACCUGCCAACGAGGCGUGCCCAUCCAGUGUGGGCAGGCCAUCCGCAUCACGCACAUGACCACAGGACGUAACCUCCACACACACCACUUCAGCUCGCCGCUGUCCAACAACCAGGAGGUGAGUGCGUUCGGUGAGAAUGGCGAGGGGGAUGACCUGGACGUGUGGAGGGUGCAGUGUGACGGCUCCACCUGGGAGCGGGACGAGGCGGUGCGCUUCAAACACGUUGGCACAGACGCCUUCCUGACCGUGACGGGCGAGCAGUACGGCCACCCCAUCCGCGGGCAGAGGGAGGUGCAUGGUAUGGGCACUGCCAACCAGAACAACUACUGGAAAGCUAUGGAGGGUGUCUUCAUUCAGCCCAGCCAGGAGCCACUGAGACACAAUCAUGAAGAGUUCUGAUGACGUCAUCAACACUGCACCACGAUGACGUCAUCAGACAUCACAUCAUCUGAAAUUAACCCUAUUCCCUAUUGCAUAAUAUACACUGAGUGUACGAAACAUUAAGAACACCUUCCUAAUAUUGACUUGCACCCCUCCCCUCCCACCUACUAUCAUACCCUGUUCAAAGCCACUGAAAUAUUUUGUCUUGUCCAUUCACUCUCUGAAUGGCACACUUAGGGGGUGUGGUUGUGAGAUAUACGUGAUGUAUAUGGUUGUGGUGAAAACAUGUGGGUCUGAGCAGGUGUGAUGUCAUUGAUGUUUGUUGAAAUGUGUUUACUUUGUUUAUGUAUGGUUGUUAUUGUAAAAAAAAAAAAAUGACUUGUACACACACAAUCCAUAUCUCAAGGCUUAAAAAUAUUUUUUUAACCUGUCUCCCCCCUUCAUCUAUACUGAUUGAAGUGGUCUCCCGAGUGGCGCAGCAGUCUAAGGCACUGCAUUGUACUGCUAGAGGCAUCACUACAGACCCUGGUUUGAUUCCAGGCUGUAUCACAACCGGCUGUGAUUGGGAGUGCCGUAGGGAGGCGCACAAUUGGCCCAGCGUCAUCCGGGUUUGGCCGUGGUAUGCCGUCAUUGUAAAUAAGAAUUUGUUCUAAACUGACUUGCCUCGUUAAAUAAAUAAAGUGGAUUUAACAGGUGACAUCAAUAAGAGAUCACAGCUUUCACCUGGUCAGUCUGUCAUGGAAAGUGUGGGUGUUCCUAAUGCUUUGUACACUCAGUGUGUACCCACAUGGCUCUGAUCAAAAGCAGGGCACUAAAUAGGGAAUAGGGGGCCAUUUCAGACACGUUCUGCUCCAGGAGGACACUCACACAUUCUCAUUACCCAACCAGGACCAAUGGGGAUGACUACUGACUACUGGCAGUAGACGGAUGAGGGAGAUGAAUGAGAAUCAGCUGGAUGUUUUGAAUUUGACAACUUUGAACAAGAUGGAAAGUGAAGAAUUUGGCUAUGAUUAGUUUCAGAGGGAAAUAUUGAUGUAAUUGAGGUAGAUGGUCAUUCACCUGUGUACUCUUCAGCAACUGACUGUACAGAUCCUGAUGCUAAUAAAAACAAACAUUCCCUUGAUCACCUCACUAGUUAGUAAAGGGAGUAUCUAUUGGUCUAUGCCUUGGCUAUAAAGAGCUCACACUUAGACAACACAUAGUGUGCUGUAAGGCCUUUUCCCCUUAGACAAUGACUUACCUUAUUGCUCUUUUGUGCAUUUUGGGAGUGAUUUCUUCUUGUGUUUAGACUUUUUGUGUUUAGACUUUUUAUGUUUAUGUCAGGAAGGAAUAUGUUUUAUUUGUAUUAGGGAAGAUCGUAUAAGAUGAUUAAAAAAAAAAAAUUAUAAUCAA